GGCACCCCUCCCCAGCCCCCAAAAUAUAAUGUCCAGUCACCACCCCGGCUACGGCCCCGGUCAAGGUCCGGGAGUACCAGGAGGAUUACCCACCGCCGGCGGAGGAGCACCGGUAACAACAACAACAACAACAACAACAGUAACAACAACAGCACCAACAACAACAACAACACCAACAACAUCCACAACCGCAACCACUGCGCCGACAGCAGCAGCAGCAACUGAAGCAUACCUAGCAGCAGUAGCCGCCGCGGCAGCAGCAGGAGGAGGAACCUUCCGACCCGAGAUGCAGGACCGGCAGGCGCGCGGCAAGGACCCGUACGACUCCUCCGACGCCAGCAGCGACUACACCAGCGACGAGCCCUUCGCCGUGCUCGAGCGUCGCCGUGUCGCCGCCCAGGUCCUCGACAGUCCCGAGCUGUUGAUGAUGGCCGCGCAGCGAGAUAACGAGGUAACUAACUCAUUUCCCUUUCCCUUUCAUAUCCCCUCCACUCCCCCGCGCCCCAUCUCCAUCUCAUCACCUCUUUCCCAUACCCAAAACAACCCCAACCCCAACCCCAACCCCCCCUCUAAACCCACCAACAAAACCACGAUCCUAACCACCACCACCCCUCUCUUCCCACAGAGUAUCCCCGCCACCCGCCUCCGCUACACGCGCAUGCUCUGCGGUUUCGAGGAGCCGCCCGCCGCCCCGCGGAGGAAGAAGUCCCAGCCCAGUGGCGGCGGCGGCGGCGGCGGCGGUUCUUCGUCCCGCGCCUCCGGUGCGUCGAGGAAAGACUCGAGAUGACGGCCCCCCCGCAAAUUGGUAGUAAAAAUCUUUGGUGUAGUAAAUAAAAUGGGUGGGUUCACUCACGAGUUAAAGCAA